CGAAUGAAUUCCAAACGAAUGGACGUGCGAGCCAAAUUCGUGAUCAGAAGACGCGGAAAGAACAAGGCGAGAACGAGGUUGGGAGAUCAGGGAAGCCCGAAUUUUAAAACGCUGGGAUUGUCAAUAUUUUAUAGCCUAUUCAAUUGUUAUCUAGAGUGUUUUUCUUUGUUUGUACUGGUCACACGUGACUUUCUGGCGGAAACUGACUUCUAGAAUUACAGUGCACGGAACUUGGACAUCAUGAUGCCGUUCCUAAGAACCCUGGUUGUGCUGGCUGUCCUCUGCGCGCCAACCUCCAGCCUCUGUCUCAGACUGUACCAGAGCGACUACAACCUCCUCUGUGACGAUGACAUACUAGCUGAGGUCCAGACGAACGACGUUCCCAGUGACACGUUCCCAGUGUCGGAAAGCUUGGGCUCCCUCUUCAAGUCAGGAGACACUCUCUCCUCCGCAGAGUCGCGGGAGAAAAGGACGUCGACUUACCCCGCCAACUACAGGUUUCUCAGUCAGACGCAGCUAAGGAGUAAGAUGUUCCAGAACAGCAUUAAUAAUGAUCGGCUACGCAAGUUUACCCUGUCUCUAGAUGUGCCCACCAACAUCAUGAACAUUCUCUUUGACAUCCAAAAGUCCAAGAACCUACGCGCAAAAGCGGCCGACAACGCGCGUCUGAUGGCGCAGAUUGGACGAAGGAAGAGACAGUAGACGGUUGAAGCUGCUACCCUGAUUAUCCAUUACAUAUUAGAUUUUCACUCUGACAAAUACGUUUUGCUGGAAGUUUUAUUUUUCCUCAAAUCAAACUUUCAGAUGCAGUAUUUGUGAGAUGUUUUUUUUUCUGUGGGUAUGAUCUAUCAAAUUUAAAUAUGAAACAUAGGGAUUAUUGAGAUUUACUUUUCUGAAGUACAAUUGGAUUGUUUACUGUACAGGCCUAUUCCAUUUUAGAAUCCCUGAAAUUGAAUGAAAAUCAAAAGACAAUUCGAGAUAAUUUUGAACUAGUCUAUACACUGAAUGAUUUUCAUUUAUCUUCAGAAUAUACAUUUAAAUUCAUUAAAAUGAAAGUACUUUCAAAAUAAGGUUAGGCCCUUUAAAGAUAUACAACUUAUAGUCUUCCACUGGAGUGUUAAAGAUCGAACCAGGAAAUGUGUUGUAAUGAGAGGGGUCUUUGAAAUUAGAUAAGGCAAAUGAGGAAAUAUGUCAAUUGCAUAUGCAUAAAAUCAGUGGUUAAAGUGUAAUUAGCCUGUCAAUGGAAAUGGUUUGCAUCUCUUCUCAUUUGUGCCCGCGGUUUAUAGGAAAAUCAAGGCAUGCAUAUGCUUGAAAUACAGGACAGUACGGUACAAUACAAAUUCUGUGAACAAAUUGCUUUCAUUGAAAUUCGCACGCAUGUUGCGGCAUAUUUAGUGUAAAGAGAAGCGAGUUAGCCUAUAUACCUUUGUGAAUAGACGCUAGAAUGUGAAAUGAUUAGGAGUUAUUUCAAGGAAAAUGCAUGGUAGCCUCAAUGUUUGAUCAUCAAAUGUCUGUUAUUUUUAUACACAAAGGGAUUAUUUUUCCUCAAAUAAAAGCAGAUGAAUUAAACGUUGUCUUCAAUAACGGCCAUUUUCACAUUUAGAAGGUGUUGUAAUUUAGGUGUUAGGCAUAAUCAAGUCAGUCAGUCAGCUAAUGGUAAACAACAGCUUUGUCUAUAUGAAGUAAAUAUAUUAUCGUCCCUAUAUAUGCUAUAGCUUUCAGGUGCGUUAAACACACACA